ACAAAGAGCGGCUGUGAGAGGCCUCGGCCAGGGAGGCCGGCGGCCGCCGCUGCCUCUCAGGGCUCCGGGGCCCCGCCAGCCCGGCCCUCCGCCCGCUGUCCGCGCCCUUCUGCCGCCACCGUCGUUGCCUGCGCCCCCUGCGCACCGCUGAGCCCGCCCGGGCGCCGGCUCUUUCCCAUGCGGGCUGCGAGGGCCCUGGGAGGGGCGCCCGGAGCCAGCCGCGCAGCAUGCACUGGGGGGUUGGCUUUGCCUCGUCCAGGCCGUGCGUGGUGGACCUGAGCUGGAACCAGAGCAUCUCUUUCUUCGGCUGGUGGGCCGGGUCCGAGGAGCCCUUCUCCUUUUAUGGGGACAUCAUCGCUUUCCCUUUGCAGGAUUACGGUGGGAUCAUGGCAGGGCUGGGCUCGGAUCCCUGGUGGAAGAAAACCCUUUAUUUGACCGGGGGAGCUUUGCUGGCCGCGGCUGCGUAUCUGCUCCACGAACUCCUGGUCAUUAGGAAACAGCAAGAGCUUGACUCCAAGGAUGCUAUUAUUUUACAUCAGUUCGCAAGACCUAAUAAUGGGGUCCCCAGCUUAUCUCCUUUCUGUCUGAAAAUGGAAACCUACUUAAGAAUGGCUGACCUACCCUAUCAGAACUAUUUUGGUGGAAAGCUCUCUGCUCAAGGGAAAAUGCCUUGGAUUGAAUAUAACAAUGAAAAAGUGUCUGGCACAGAAUUCAUAAUUGACUUUCUGGAAGAGAAACUUGGUGUGAACUUAAACAAAAACCUUGGCCCUCAUGAAAGAGCCGUCUCAAGAGCCGUCACCAAGAUGGUGGAAGAGCACUUCUAUUGGACGUUAGCUUAUUGCCAGUGGGUGGACAAUCUCAAUGAGACCCGGAAGAUGCUGUCUCUUAGUGGUGGUGGUCCCUUCAGUAACCUGCUCAGGUGGGUCGUGUGCCACAUAACAAAAGGAAUUGUGAAACGGGAGAUGCACGGCCACGGCAUUGGCCGCUUCUCGGAGGAAGAGAUUUACAUGCUGAUGGAGAAGGACAUGCGGUCUUUAGCGGGGCUUUUGGGUGACAAGAAGUACAUCAUGGGGCCCAAACUUUCCACUCUUGAUGCCACUGUCUUUGGGCACUUGGCACAGGCAAUGUGGACUUUGCCAGGGACGAGGCCGGAGCGGCUAAUCAAAGGGGAGCUGAUCAACCUCGCCAUGUACUGUGAGAGGAUCAGGCGGAAAUUCUGGCCCGAGUGGCACCAUGAUGACGACAAUACCAUCUACGAGUCUGAGGAGAGCAGUGAGGGCAGCAAGACUCACACACCCAUGCUGGAUUUUAGCUUCUACUCAAGGACAGAGACCUUCGAAGAUGAGGGGGCUGAGAACAGUUUUUCCAGGACGCCAGACACGGAUUUCACGGGACACUCUCUCUUUGAUUCUGACGUGGACAUGGAUGACUGUACAGACCAUGAACAGUGCAAGUGAUGUCCCGCCACGGACCCCUCUUCCUUAGGAGCUACCACUCCCUGGGGUCGGUCUGCUUUCCCAGGUAGAAUCCACCUGAGCUGGGAGGAGAUCUUCAAGCUUGGCUCAGUUUUAACAUGCUAACGGGACUAUAAGCCGCCUUAUUUCUUUUUUUUGUACAAACAAAACACAGAACCAUUCAGAUGGCUCCGUUUAAGACAGACCAAACAAAUAUCAGCAUGGUACCUGAAAUCCAUUUUCGUUUUCAUUAGAAAACCAAUAUUGUGUGGGAGGGCAGAUACGUGAGUGUGGGUUGUCACCUGAGUGUUGACAUUGAUCCUUUCCAACUGAGGACUCGAUCGUCAGGUGGAUUCUUGAGCAUCAGCCAUCUACCUGGGUUUUGAGUAAUCAGAGGUAUUAUCAAAAAACAUGUAGGCGGUGAUGUCCUUCAGCUGCUGCUGUACUUUGUGUGUGUACUUGUAUGUUGAGACAGAAGUCAGAUGAAGUCCGCCGAUAUUCAGUGGACAGAUAACCGGUCCACGUGCUGCGCUGAGUGGGGGUGCUAUGCAGCAGGAGUUUCGCUCUGAACCCUGCCAGUGACUAGCUGGGUGAUUUGGGGCAGGUCCUUUAACUCUUGUGUGCCUCAUUUAUCCCACCUGUAAAGUGGGCGUGACAAUACUCUCCACCUACCUACCUCACAGGGGUGUUGUGGGGAUUCGCGCGGCCGCAUUAGUAUGGCGCUUUAAACUUCCCGGAAGUGGUGCAACACGAGCCAAUUUUAUUCUUCACUGGGCUUCAUACAUGUUAGGGUCUGCUGGCAAAGUGACUUCCAUAGCUGGGCAACAAGCACGGCCACUCGCAAAGGCUGUGCAGACUAAACACACACAAAGCCAACUAGGGCCGAGUCAUUCCUCUUUGUGGCUUGGCUGGAAGAACUUUGGAAGUAGCUUCGCAAAUCAUCGCCAGCUACAAUGUGGUCCUCCGCUCUGGGCCUUUACGGAACAGCGGUUCCUUCAUUGCCGAGUGCAUUGGCGUGUGGCUUCGUUGCCUCCCAAGUGCUAACGUACCUGUGUUUAUUGAUUUGGAGAAGAUAUAGCUUAGGACCAUGGCGGGUUAACAGAGGUGAAGGGAAGUAUUUGUUGUAGGCAGAAGCUUGUUGACUGUCAUGGCUUUUUGAAGACAAAGAUACAUUGGAAAGAGAAGCCUGAGGGUGUUCCUUGUGUCUGAGUCCCCUGCAGUUUUCUGAAUGCACCUUGUCAGGUGUCCACUGUCGUGGGUCAGAGUAGGUCAGGACUGACACCAAAUCCUAGGGCUUCAUGACUCUCAUCCCUUCCCAUCACCCCCCUCUCUCUCCCUCUCCCCAGAGCCCCCGAAAGGGUGGAAUGUCUCUGUAUUUGUCUCUGAAAACAGCGUUGGAUAGCUUAGUUCAUUUUCCAGGCAGUGGUGGGGCAAGGGUUCUGUGUGGUGGCUGUGGAUUGGGCUGUAAGACUUAACUGCAAGUCAAUGACUUUGCUUCUGAUCAACUGCGUAAAAGUUACUCCUUACUGGGUUGAUGAGGCCCCUCAAAGAUGGAAGUUUCUGACAAAUCAAUGCAUUCUGCUUGAAAAGCAACCUAUAUUUGAUAUAGCUUUUCCACAAAAAAAUCUUUAAAGAAUGUUGUUCAUUUUCAAAGAGGCCAAGAGGGAGCGUUUUGAAGAUGCUUGCCACGUAAGCCGCUGCAGAGCGUAUGGAAAUGGGGAUAAUGUUGAACUCUUAGGUUAGAAGGUCUUACCUGUAGAAAAUUUAGCAGUAGAUUAUUUUCUGUUGAAGCCACUCCUGUGUGGAGGAACCUGUUUGGUGAGUAGUUAGAAUAGGCUCGAGAAGCUGUGUUUGAUUAAACACACUUGUGUGUUGGUGUCAUGCGUGUGUCCCGGUUGCCUCCUGGUGUUCUGGGCACCUGGCGGUAGUUCUAUGUGACUAGGGAAACUACUGAAUGAAGCGUGGAUAGGACGACUGUGGACCUGACUGGGUACAAGUUUUCUUGUCCGCUCCCCUCUCUCAACUGGAAAGAAAUUCUUGACAUUUUGCUUAGAACUGAUUUAUUAUUCUUCCUGUGUGAUGCUUUUCCCUGUGUGAAUGUUUUCAGUAUGAGUAUGUGGACUAAUAUCUGCUUCCUUGUGCAUUAUUUGGAGGGAAACUCCAGAGACAGGCAGUGUUUGUUGUUACGUUGUAGGGCAAUUUAUUCCAUCCAGGCACCGUUAGAGGGGGGUAAUGGGUGGUCAUUCUUAACUGGAGUCCUAGACACUUGGACAGCUUACAGCUGGAUACCUUGUAGAUACGAAUUUGAAUAGAACCCGAGACUAUACCUCUGUUUCCCUCCUCCAUAUGGAUUAUUGGAACAAAAUGAUCAAGACAAAAAUUAUGGCUGUGUGGGUCCCUAACGGGAGGGCUUAACUUGUAUAUGUGUUGCCCAGAUUUGAAGGCCUGUGCAGUUGGGUGAGUAGGUGCUACUUGUAAUGACAACAAUAAGAAACUAGAGGGCGUUUUACUCAUUUGCUCAAGUCUUUCUUCCUUCUGGAAAGUUAUGUAA